GCCCUCGAUUAUGUUUCCACCAAAUGCAGAACUUGUGUCUUAUCUUAGAUUUGCUCACUUGAGCAAUCCUCACCUCCUGUUACUUCACUCGUAGCAACUUGGGCGAGUGGGGCUUUGCAGAGUAUAGAGCAAUUGCUCCAGUCCCUCUGUGCAGUCUCGUUCAUUGUUCCUUUUGGUGUGGGAGGGAGAAGAGCCAGUUUAGCAUCCAGUUGGAGGUGAUGUAACUGCAUUAAAUAUAAAUAGAAGAACAAUGCCUGGGUCUGGUAAAAAUAGGUAUUUGUUCAAAAAAAAAAUAUGGUGAAAUUCUAUGCCUUAAUAUAAUUUUGCUAAUAUCUUCAAAAAAAUUAAUGGGACAACGCGACGUUCUCAUUGCAUCUACAGAGAUGCCAGAUGCUGUUAAAAUGGCAUUUGGAGCCCAGUGUAGUUUAUUUUAUUUUAUUAUUCUAUUGGAUUGAAUAAAUUAUUUCCAUUUUGUCCAUUUCAUUUAUUCUCUUCACUUGAAAGAAACUUAGGCUGGUGUGUAGUCAUGACACAGGGUUAAAAGUAAGGAACAGCUCAUUUCUUCUCAGUUCUGUUGUCUGUGUAAUCUUGGGUGGCUCACUUCAUCUCUGCUAGCUCGGUUCCUUCAUCAAUAAAGAGAAAAAUGCAACAUGUUCCGGCCACCUGAAGUUUUGGGGCGCUGCAGGAGGAGGAUGCUGCAUAUGCAAGGAUAGCGGUGGGAUGAAUUCACAGGAGAAAUUUAUUCCUCUUUGCAGACCCAGCAUCUGCUCUUGCUGCAAAUUGGAGCACUGCUUGCAUUCCCCAAAGAGGAUCCCUGGCGAGUAGCAAAGAUGGUCAAAUCCUACCUCCAGCAGCACAACAUCCCUCAGCGUGAGGUGGUGGACACUACAGGUCUGAACCAAUCUCACCUCUCACAACACCUCAACAAGGGCACUCCCAUGAAGACCCAAAAAAGGGCAGCCCUCUACACCUGGUAUGUCCGCAAGCAGCGAGAGGUGGCCCAGCAAUUCACACACGCUGGCCAGGGUAUCCUGACAGAGGAGCCCAUGGGAGAUGACCUGCCCACCAAGAAGGGAAGAAGAAACCGCUUUAAGUGGGGUCCUGCCUCACAACAGAUCCUGUUCCAAGCCUAUGAGAGACAGAAAAACCCCAGCAAAGAAGAGAGAGAGGCACUGGUGGAAGAGUGUAACAGAGCAGAGUGUAUUCAGAGAGGUGUUUCCCCAUCUCAAGCCCAGGGACUGGGCUCAAACCUGGUGACAGAGGUCAGAGUUUACAACUGGUUUGCCAAUCGCAGGAAGGAGGAGGCUUUCCGGCACAAGCUGGCCAUGGACACCUUCAGUGGACCACAGCCCACCUCUGCUCCUCCUUUAACUUCUCACAACUCUUCCUCCCUCCAGCCACCAUCUGCUCUCUCACCCAGCAAAGUUCACGGAGUGAGGUACAGCCAGCAGCCAGCCAGCGAGGCAGAGUCCUCCAGCAGCAACCACCACGGGAACAGCUCCAUGGUGACCACCCAAACCAUCCUGCAUCAGGUUUCUCCCCCUGGACUGGAGCCCAGCCAGAACCUACUGAGCACAGACACUAAGCUGGUCUCGGCUCCUGGAGGAACUCUCCCUCCUGUCAGCACCCUGACCGCCUUGCACAGCCUAGAGCAAAAUCCACAUGCACUGAGCCAGCAAACUCAGAACCUUAUCAUGGCAUCACUGCCAGGUGUAAUGGCAAUUGGAGCUGGUGAAACCUCAUCCCUAGCACCAGCAUUCACCAACACAGGUGCCUCCACCCUGGUGAUAGGCCUGGCCUCAACCCAGCCCCAGAGUGUACCUGUAAUAAACAGCAUGGGGAGCAGCCUCACUACCCUGCAGCCCGUCCAGUUCUCCCAGCAACUGCACCCAUCCUACCAGCAGCCCCUCAUGCAGCAGGUCCAGAGCCACAUCAACCAGAGCCCCUUCAUGGCUACCAUGGCCCAGAUACAGAACCCUCACGCUCUCUACGGCCCCAAGUCUGAAGUGGCCCAAUACACACAUACAGGCAUCUUACCACAAACCAUGGUGAUAACAGAUACAGCCAAUCUCAGCGCCCUGACUAACCUGACACCAACUAAACAGGUAACAGCCUUUAGCACAUGCAUUUGUUCCCCUACCUUAGAACUGCACCAGUCUGCAGGUAGCUCCUUGUUUGUCAAAGAGUUUUUGGGUGUGUGGUCUAUGCCAUCCCAGCAGGAUGAUCUUUCUUAUCGCCUCACCUUGCUGGUACCAGCUGCAAUACUGGAGGCAUUAGAGCAAGCUCUUCACUGCAUCAUUAAGGAGGAUUUAAUCUCCUUGGAAACAGCACCUGCUCACUCUGCUCUUGUGCCUUGUAGAAACCAGGCACUGUUAACUUUCUUUUCUCUAGGCAUUCACAUCUGACUCAGAGACUCACACAGAGUCUGGGAUGCAUACACCAGUGUCACAGGCGCCAACGAUACAUUUACAGAACCAAGACACAACCAUC